CUUAUUUGGUACACUAAUAUAAAAAAUUUACUUUUUCCAAAGAGAUGCAGAAAAUAUUUUUUUACUUCUCCUCUCCUCUGUUAUAAAGCAUUUCUCCAUUUUUUACUUCGCUAGGGUUUUCUUGAUCCUCUGUAACACAGCGGCGUUGAAAUGUCACUCUCCCGGUAUCUUUCACGGAAACCCCUUACCACCCCAAUCUUGGAGAUCCACCAUCUCCGAUCAUUUUCCACCACCGCCGCUCACCCGACGGCGUUCCAUAAGAACCAACACCCACAGAACCACAGCUUCCUGCCGCCAAACGAGUACCUGAACUCGUGGAAGCCCCCGAAGGAUCCCAAGGAGGCAGAAUCCAAGCUCGCCCUUCUUCGCCGCGACUAUGCCAAGAAGGUCAAGGAAGUUCGUAAAGAGUACAUCAAGGAGGUGGAGGUCAUGCGGCUCGAAAAGGUGAGAAAAGCUGAGGCCAAGAAGGAAGCUCUACGGAUCGCCAAUGAGGAGCGGAAGGCUGCUAAAGCGGCUGAGAAGAAGGCGAAGGCUGAAGAGAGAGCGAUUUUUGAAGAGCGAUUCCGCCAAACCCUCCUAAAAGAAAGACAAGAGAAGCUUGAAUAUUGGAAGAUGAGAGAAAAAAAGUUUGAAGAGAAAAAGAAAGAGAAGAUGGAGCUUUUGCGUAAAAAAAGCUCCUUGUGGAUUGAUGAGAAUUUGUUGGAGCCAAAGGCAUUUGUGGGCUCUGUUUGCCCUUCAAUUAGGGAGAUGAAAGAGAUCAAAAGAUAAAGUUCCCCCCCCAGAUCUCUUGUGAUCGAUGUGGAAGAGUAUAUCUAUAAGGGGUUGAUUGUGUUCAUGUAGUAAUACACCAAUGGUUUGGAAGUGAACAGAAUGCAAUGAAGUUUCAGAUAGAAUCAGGUGCAAGUGUGUACAAUCAACUCCAACUCCCCAAUGACAUGCUUAAAAAGCAUUUUUUUUCACGUGUUCCUCUAUACUAAGCUAAUGCUCUAUAUACAAAUGACCUUGUUAAAACUCUUGUCUUCAUGGUUUUAAUGAAGUGAAUUCGUGCGGCUGAGAUGUAUUUGAAGAAGGAUGAAUAAUUAUAAACUGAAAAUCUUUCCCUAGAAAGAAGAAUGAGGUGAUUUGUAUAUUCACUUGACCACAAUUAAAUCACGUCAGGAAAUAUGUUGUCGAGGAAAGUAUGUUCUUGUUUCUUGCAUUUCGCAUGGUUAAUAAGAAGCAAUAACAACCUAUGGCCGCAGCUGCUUAAGUGGAUUGAGGUCAUAAUGUCAUAUUGUUACUUUUUACAAUCAACAUUUUGAAUUAUCAUUGUGCCUUUAUUAGUGUACUUAUCAGUCAGUUAUCACUUAUCAAUAACUUGCUAC